AUGGGAUGCCAUUGUUCAAAGAAAGCAAAGUUACCACCAGGUUACGAGGAACCUGCCAUUCUGGCGGCUGAGACACCUUUUAAUGCGAAUGAUGUAGAGGCCUUAUAUGAGCUGUAUAAAAAGUUGAGUAAUUCAGUGAUCCAAGAUGGUCUUAUUCACAAGGGUGUGUUAAUCUCACCCAUGCUUGUAGGUUUGGUUUCGUUAAUCUUACACAGGUUCAAGUAUAAGUUAGUAAAAAAAUUAGGUUUAAUGAAUAGUAAUGGUGCACUUUCGCAGAUCUUUGAUUUAUUCGACCUCAAACGUAAUGGGGUAAUUGGGUUCGGGGAGUUUGUUCGAUCACUGGCUAUUUUUCACCCAGAUUCACCUCUAGAAGACAAGAUCCAAUUUGCUUUUAGGGUUUAUGAUCUGAGACAAACAGGAUAUAUUGAACGAGAGGAGUUAAAGGAGAUGGUUAUGGCACUUCUUCACGAAUCUGAUGUUCUGCUUUCAGAUGAUCUUGUCGAACUCAUAGUGAACAAGACUUUUAAUGACGCUGAUACAAAACGUGACGGAAAAAUCGAUCAAGAUGAGUGGAAAGCAUUUGUGACAGCUUACCCAUCCUUGUUAAAGAACAUGACUUUGCCAUAUUUAAAGGAUGUCACUUUAACAUUUCCCAGUUUUGUUGUGAGAACUGAAAGUGAAGACUCAGAUAUCUAA